GGUAGGCAGAAAGACGCCUGGAUUCCAACUAUUGGAAGCCAGAGGCCGGCCCCAUGGAGUACACGGGGAGCCAAUAUAUUGGGGAAUUUGUACAUGGGAGGAUGGAGGGCAAUGCUGAAUACAUCCUCCCUACCGAGACGAGAUAUGUCGGGGAAAUGAAGGAUGGCAUGUUUCAUGGCCAAGGAACCCUGUACUUCCCCAGCGGGAGCAGAUACGACGGCAUUUGGGAAAAGGGAUUGGCCAUCAAGGGCACCUACACCUUCCCGGAUGGGCUGCAGUACGACGGGGAGCACUGGCAUUACUGUGACAGCUACGACCGCAGAUUUUACACCGAGAUCUGCUAUGGCUUGAAGCCUGCAGUUAUCUCUCAACUCACCAAUAUGGACCCACCUAGAAAAAUCCCUGAAGGCUGCUAUGAUUGUGGAGACGGCUUCUAUGACCCCAAAACGAGGAUCAUCAAAGAUUAUAAUAAUCGCUUUCUGCGAAAUGCAGAUGACGAUGAGCACGAGUGGAUCGUCCGGACAUGCCGGAAGGGCUGGGACGAGAUUGUGGGCCACAGGACCCAGCUGUAAGCUCUGCUGUCUCUGCCAGAGGUUUCCUUCUGCAUCGCUGGGCCCCGGCCGGCCUGGCAGAGGAUGGAGUUCUAGAACCUGACUGUGACUCAGGAAUAAAGGUUUUCUGCGGCGAGUUGCCCCCAAGUGUACUUUUCCUGAAUAAUUUCUUGGAGCAGUAUUUUUAUUUCCCUUGCAUCUGAAUCACCUGGGAAAACUAUAAACUAGACAUUCCUGGAGCCCUAGAACUGCUCAUAGAAUCUCUGGGAAUGGCAUCUCGCAAGCUUUCCACGCCUGAGUGUUUAAGUAUCUGGCAGUUUGAGAAUCACCACCUCAUGAUGACCGAUCUCUGUAACUAAAUGAGCAACUAACA